AUGGACUUCCUGGUCCUCUUCUUGCUCUAUCUGGCUCUGGUGCUGACUGUUGUGGUUUUCAUCUACAUCUACUCAAGAACCCCGCUCUUGGAAGGCCCGGUCAGAAGGGGCGCACAGGUCGUUUCCUGCAUAGUCCCAGCGUGCGUGCUGAGGGCCGGCCGGAGACUGCUGCAUUACUUCUUCCGUACACGAAACCCCACCUUCGUCAUCCUGCACCUCACCUUGCAAGGCCUGGUCUAUGGCGAGUACAGCUGGGAGAUAAUCCACCACUGUCAGGAAGCGGGGUUCCCCUCGUGCCUCCUGCUCCUGCCCUACCUGCUGCUGCUGGUCACCUUCAUCUUCUUCACGCUCACCUGUGUGACAGACCCUGGAACCAUAACCAAAGCAAAUGAAGCAACACUUGUUCAUGUUUACGAGUUCGACAACGUGAUGUUCCCCAAGAACGUGAGGUGUUCCGUCUGUGACCUGAGGAAGCUACCUCUCUCCAAGCAUUGCAGGGUGUGUAACAGGUGUGUGCUCCGCUUCGACCAUCACUGUAUCUGGGUGAACAAUUGCAUCGGCGCCCGGAACUUCAGGUACUUCCUCGUCUACCUGUGUGCGCUGACGGCCUCAGCUGCCACCGUGGCCAGCGUGGGCACUGUGUUUCUCGCCAGAGUGACGAUGGAUCUCUCCAAGGAGACCGGCCUCGACCCCUGGGGACGAGCUGCAGACACCUCCUUCCUGGUACAGAUGCUGUUCCUGCUCUUCCCACAGAUUGUCUUGGUGGUGGGCUUAGUUGUGGUCCUCAGCUGCAUCCUGGGGGGAUACCUGUGCUUCGUUCUGUACCUGGCUGCCACCAACCAGACCACUAACCAGUGGUACAAAGCUGCCCGGCUCCCUGUCGCCAAGUCCCGAUGCUUCCAGAACAUCCUCUCCCGGGGAGUUUGGAGAGGCCUUGAAGAACCUGCCUUCAGUGCCACUGGGCAUGAGAAAAAGAAGCCACCAUCCACCGGGCUGGGUCCUGGGGUGGAAAUCCAGCCGGCUCUCUCUUUGUGCUGUGGCCAGUUUGAAGUGACCACCACCGACAGCCUCGUGCUGCAGGAUGAAGACGUGGUGUCUCAGGUCAGCAUUCAGAGGCCAGAGGGGAGAAUAGGGGACGGGAACCCAACAGACAGGGCGUGA